AUGUCUACCGUGUCCGAAUUCCAGAAUCGCCUUUCAGAACUUCGCAGAAGCCGAGAGAGAAGGGAGAGGGAAUGGGACCAGGAGGAGGCAGAGAUAUUAAAAGAGAUGAAACGAGCGAAGGAGCUUGAGAAGGCAAAGAAAAUCGCCGAGGAGAAGCGGAAUCUACGGGCCAAAGAGAGGAAAGAGUGGAAAGGGGGCAAGGAAGGAGGAAACGUCUCCAAUGAAACCAUUCAGAUGGGGAAGUGGGAGCAAGAGCGAUUGGAAAGAGAGGCAGAGGAACUUUUGAAGAAUCCGAACAUGCGAAAGCAGCCCCCAGCCGUAAGAAAUGCUUCUAGUUCCGCAGCUGCGCUGCGUCACGGCUGCCCUCCACUCCCCGCUCAACCCGCCGUAGUAAAGCACCGCACGGCCAGGCAAUCCAAGUCCAAGCAGGCCUUCCGACCAUCGAUCUACCCGUGCGUGGAGUGCGAAUCUCAAAGCCCCCCUAUCGUCUGUGUCCGCCGUUCCGAGCCAUUUGUUGGCUCGAGCUCGAAAGGCCAUCAGAGGCUAGCUCCAGGGACUGCAUGCGAAUUCUGCCAUGACACCUGCCGCAGGUGUGUCCCGAUCAACGACCCCGACCUCGUUCCCUGGCAGCAGAGAACCAAAGAAGAUAACAAGGGCAUGGAACCGGCGAGGCCUGGACUGGCAAAGGACACGGCAUCUCGGGGUACUAAGAGGAGCCGGGAGCUUGCAGAGGUUGGGACGGAGAGAGCCACAGCGGCGACCAAGAAGAUCAGACCCACCACCAUCACCACCACUAUCGAAAAAAAGCAGGACCAGCCCGCAAGUAGCAAGGUCAACCCAGCUGACGAGGUGAAAGGACUGAAGCACGAAAUGAAAGUUCUGCGCAGGGAGUUCACGGCCCUGAAGGCCCAGGUUCGCGCUGGCCAAACCAGCGGCAGCAUCUCGAAGCCUGCUGAGGUCAUUGACUUGACAGGAUUGGACGACGACGAAGACUCGGAAGUGGAGGUCAGGAACCACUGCCUCCGCCCUCGCACUGGUCGCAUUCGUCUUUAG